UCUUUGGGGAAUAUUCAAUAGAUAUGAUUCACUGCCUCGGUUUUUCUCCUUUGAGUUACUUCAGAAAUGGAAGUGCUGUUGCUAAACAUGUCAAUACUGUAGAUGCAUACUUUCAGAAAAGUGUUUAACCAGUAGGAAAUUGUAAACCAGUAAAUGUCGGCUACUGCUAAAUUAUGGGGUUGUGACAUAAAGAUAAACUAAUUGCCAGUGUUUUUUUCCCUUAAUAUUAAAGCUUUCGCACAAAAUGUCAAGCUUUCACGAACCUAGUAGAGCAUAACAUUUUUAUGACGGUACCUAUACAAUCCUCUGGUGAAAACCUCUCACAGUUUUACGUUCAGUAUCAACCCGUCACCUGGAAUGCAUAUGUGCGACCCGUAAUCCACUGCUAAAAAGACAACGCAGGGGCAAUGCUCUUUUAUCUUUGAUUCAUAUGUGACAUCAGACUUGGGAAAUAGAAAGUGAAAAUGGGAAUAGUGUCAGGAAACGGGUAUAUGCUGUCACAGAGAGAAGGAACACAGUAAUAAGUGAGCUGACAAGGAGAAGAGCAAUAACGACGUCUCAGUCUGUCUCCCUACCAAGCUGAUAUUUGUGACAAAGACGGCAAUAGCAGUAGAAAGAUGAACAGAAGCACACCUCAGAGGGGAUCAUCCUCCAGUAGACAGAGCUCAGUUCCAUCCGCACCAGACAACUCCACCACGGACCCUCAGAAGGACCCCAUCCACCCCCAACCUAGCCUGGGCAGAGAGGCAGAGGAGGGUGGGUUUCUGAAUGGAGAUGGAGGUAGCCCUAUAGAGGACUCUCAGACUGGGGCAUUGCUGGGUCAGGAUGAUGGAAAUGCCAUUACCCCAGCCACACUCACCUCACACCUCCCUAGGCAGAGACCACACCUGGCAGCAGAGAGCCCCAAACCAGGGGACGAGCUGGCCCCUAUCUCCCCAGAGCUGGCCCGCUGGAUCAGGGUUCGGGCCCAGGACCUCAAGCUCCGCCAGAGUGACCGCCAGUGGGCCGUGGACCUGGUCAACCAUCUCCGGGAAAGCCUGCUAGUCUUCCUCAAGAACAGUGACGAGCAGCCCUACUUCCAGUCAGCCUCUGUGCUCAGCAGUGGUUCAUACUACGAGAUGGUCAAGAUACUCAAUCCAAAUGAGUUUGACAUGAUGCUGAAGCUCCAGUCUCCUUCCCGCCUCAAAAUGACUGAGCUGGACCAAUAUCACGGCCUGUUCUACGAAGUCGCCCUAUCCCGACCAACCCGUUCCCACAUACGGUCUUUCCUUUUGGAGGAUGGGCUCACCAUCUCAGCCAGCAAGAUCAUCAGUGAAAUGCACCGUCUGGUCCGCAAGUUCAUCAGCACCUACAGAGUGCCUGGAAAUAGCUGGCGUUGGGUUGUGAAUAGGAAGCGUCCCAACUCACCAGCGGUGACCCUUUCCCUGUUGGAGGUGGAUAAUGGGAAACAGGAACUACUUUCUGUGGAUGUGGUGCCCGCCCUGGAAGUGCCCUCCUCACAGGGCUGGCCUCUGGCUGCCCGCGCCGGCCCAGAUGUGGACAACUGGUUGGGGAAGAAGACCCGGCGCUCUCUCACCCACCAAACUUGCUUCUUUGUGCCCAAGAAACCACCGGGACGAAGCCUUAGUGAGGCAGCUAAAGAGAGUUGGAGGAUUUCCUUUUCUCACAUAGAAAAGGAACUGAUCAAGACUCAUGGGAACAAGAGGACCUGCUGUGAGAGCUCUGCCACCAAGUGCUGCCGUAAGCAGUGCUUCAAGCUCCUUAAGUGCCUGAUCGAGGGACUGAAGCAACGCUACCCUCAAGAGCUGGAUGCUCUGUGCUCCUACCACGGGAAGACAGCCUUCCUACACACCCUCUCUAUCAGGGCCCAGGACUCCCUGUGGAUGCCCCGUCAGCUGCCUGCAUGCUUCAUGUACCUCCUAAGGGCCCUGGAGGGCCACGCAAGCAGUGGUCUGCUCCCCCACUUCUUUGUCCCCACCUCCAACCUCUUCGCCCCACCAACCUUCCCGCGCAAAGCUUUGGUGUUUCUGAUUCAGGCUCUGGAGGAGCAGAGGAGACAGGGGCUUCCCCUUUUAAUGCCCCCGGCUCCUGCCCCACCACUGGCAGUACACUCCCACAGUGACUCCCAGCCCCAGCUUUCCCCUGUUGUACAGCAGACUCCUGUUAUCCAGUAUCCUGUCAUCCUGCCACCCCAAGUUGUUGAGAUGAAAUCCUUUGAGCAAAUGUUCAAAAUUGUGGCUUUGGUUGUGGCUCUUGUCUAUGUUUGUUACCUCCUGUAGAGGUGUCUGUCCUCCCCGUCGGUGGUAGGAAGGAGGCAGAGACAGUCUAUCACCAGCAGAUGGGGGUAAAACGACAUGCAGCUGUAGAAAAUGGUAUGCCAUUUUGAAACAGUAUAACAUAGGAUAGGAUUCCAGAUUUGUAUUUCUCUCUAAAUCAUGUCUUUGCUCUAGACAAACACAAUGAAACAUUUAGCCCAAAAGUAAAAAUGUUGUAUUUGUAUAUACAGUGCAUUCGGGAAGUAUUCAGACCCCUUCACUUUUUCCACAUUUUGUUCUGUUGCAGCCUUAUUCUAAACUGUUCCUCAUUAAUCUACACACAAUACCCCACAAUGACAAAACGAAAACAGAUUUUUAGAAAUGUAUAAAAACAUAACAAACAGAAAUAUCUUAUUUACAUAAGACCCUUUGCUAUGAUUCUCGAAAUAGAGCUCAGGUGCAUCCUGUUUCCAUUGAUCAUCCUUUAUAUGUUUCUAGAACUUGAUUGGAGUCCAUCUGUGGUAAAUUCAGUUGAUUGGACAUGAUUUGGAAAGGAACACACCUGUCUAUAUAAAGUCCCACAGUUGACAGUGCAUGUUAGAGCAAAAACCAAGCCAUGAGGUUGAAGGAAUUGUCAGAGGAGCUCCGAGACAGGUACCAAAAAAUGUCUGCAGCUUUGAAGGUCUCCAAGAACACAGUGGCCUCCAUAAUUCUUAAAUGGAAGAAGUUUGGAACCACCAAGACUCUUCCUAGAGCUGGCCGCCAGGCCAAACUGAGCAAUCGGGGGAGAAGGGCCUUGGUCAGGGAAGUGACCAAUAACCCGAUGGUCACUCCGACAGAACUCCAGAGUUCCACUGUGUCGAUGGGAGAACCUUCCAGAAGGACAACCAUCUCUGCAGCACUGCAACAAUCAGGCCUUUAUGGUAGAGUGGCCAGAUGGAAGCCACUCUUCAGUAAAAGGCACAUGAAUCUCUGGUCUGAUGAAACCAAGAUUGAACUCUUUGGCCUGAAUGCCAAGUGUCACAUCUGGAAGAUAACUUGGUCUCUUCCCUACAGGAAAGCAUAGUGGUGGCAGCAUCAUGCUGUGGGGAUGUUUUUCAGCGUCAGGGACUGGGUGACUAGUCAGGAUCAAGGGAAAGAUGAACAGAGCAAAGUACAGUGAGAUCCUUGAUGAAAACCUGCUCCAGAGCGCUCAGGACCUGACUGGGGCGAAGGUUCAGCUUCCAACAGGAAAAUGACCCUGAGCACACAGCCAAGACAACGCAGGAGUGGAUUUGGGACAAGUCUCUGAAGGUCCUUGAGUGGCCCAGCCAGUGCCCGGACUUGAACCCGAUCUAACAUCUGCACAGAGACCUGAAAAUAGCUGUGCAGCGAAGCUCCCCAUCCAAUCUGACAGAGCUUGAGAGGAUCUGGGAGAAACUCUCCAAAACAGGUGUGCCCAGCUAGUAGUGUCAUACCCAAAAAGACUUGAGGCUGUAAUCGCUGCCAAAUGUGCAUCAAGAAAGUACUGAGUAAAGGGUCUGAAUACUUAAGUACCAACCAAUCUGAAGACUAGAGCUGCCACUUUCAAGGAGCGGGACACUAAUCCGAACGCUUAUAAGAAAUCCUGCUAUGCCCUCAGACGAACCAUCAAACAGGCAAAGUGUCAAUACAGAACUAAGAUUGGAUCCUACUACACUGGCUCUGACACUCGUCGGAUGUGGCAGGGCUUGCAAACUAUUACGGACUACAAAGGGAAACCUAGCCGCAAGCUGUCCAGUGACGCGAGCCUACCAGACGGUCUAAAUACCUGUUAUGCUCGCUUUGAGGCAAGCAACACUGAAGCAUGCAUGAGAGCACCAGCUGUUCCGGAUGACUGUGUGAGCAAGACCUUUAAACAGGUCAACAUUUACAAGGCCGCGGGGCCAGACAUGUUACCAGGACGUGUACUUCACUGAUAUUUUCAACCUGUCCCUGACCAAGUCUGUAGUACCAACAUGUUUCAAGCAGACCGCCAUAGUUCCUGUGCACAAGAAAGCGAAGGUAACCUGCCUAAAUGACUACUGCCCCGUAGCACUCACGUCAGUAGCCAUGAAGUGCUUUGAAAGGCUGGUCAUGGCUCACAUCAACACCAUCAUCCUGGAAACCCUAGACCCACUCCAAUUUGCAUACCGCCCCAACAGAUCCACAGAUUACUUAAUCUCAAUUGCACUCCAUACUGCCCUAUUCCAUCUGGACAAAAUUAAUACCUAUGUGAGAAUGCUGUUCAUUGACUACAGCUCAGCGUUCGCCACUAUAGUGCCCACAAAGCUCAUCACUAAGCUAAGGACCCUGGGACUAAACACGUCCCUCUGCAACUGGAUCCUGGACUUCCUGACGGGCCGCCCUCAGGUGGUAAGGGUAGGCAACAACACAUCUGCCACGCUGAUCCUCAACACGGGGGGACCCUCAGGGGUGCGUGCUUAGUCCUCUCCUGUACUCCCUGUUCAACCAUGACUGCGUGGCCAAGCACGACUCCAACACCAUCAUUAUUGUUAGUUUUAUUGUGUUAUAAUACAUUUUUUAUUUGAUCUUAUUUAGUCAAUCUUUUCUUAACUCUAUUUUCUUAAAACUGCAUUGUUGGUUAAAGGCUUGUAGGUAAGCAUUUCACGGUAAGGUCUACACCUGUUAUGCUCGGCGCAUGUGACAAAUAAAAUAGUAUUUGAUUUUUGAAUUCAGAAAAUAAAAGUACAACAUUUUCUACCAACCUGUUUUAUUGCUUUGUCAUUUUAAUACAUUUUAAUGUAUUUUAGAAUAAGGCUGUAACGUAACAAAUUGUGGAAAAUGUCAAAGGGUCUGAAUACUUUCCGAAUGCACUGGCAAUUAUGCACCAAGAAUAUAGUAGCUACACAAUGUAUUGUUAACUACUUCUGUUCACUACUCCAAUGUACAUUUACAUUUUAGUCAUUUAACAGAUGCUCUUAUCCAGAGCGACUUACAGUAGUGCAUACAUUUUCAUACUUUCUUCGUACUUGUACUUCAUGACAAACAUUUAAAUAAACAUGAUUAUGUAUCACUUGU